GGCAAUAGUUGUGUGUCUUCUUCGUGUUCUGUGUUGACGCGGCAGACAAUUUUGCAAAUGUGCAUUAAAUAACAUUUUUCUAAAAAAAAGUUUUGUUUUAUAAUAAAAAAAAAAAAAUGAAGUGGUUUAGUGUGGGACUUUUUUUAAUUGCAUGGUGUAGUUACACGAAUGCAUAUUUCAUCCAGGUGGACGCACACGCGGAAGAAUGCUUUUUCGAAAGAGUAGAAUAUGGAACCAAAAUGGGUUUGAUCUUUGAGAUAGCGGAGGGUGGAUUUUUGGAUAUUGAUAUGACAAUAGUUGGUCCUGAUGGAAAAGUUGUUCAUCAUGUUGAACAAGAGACAAGUGGAAAAUAUUCAUUUUCGGCACAAUUACCUGGAGUUUAUACAUAUUGUUUCAGUAAUAUGAAAAGUACAUUAACACCUAAGAUUGUUAUGUUCAAUAUGGAAGUUGGAGAUCCACCAAAAGCACCAGGAUUAGACACACAUGCCGAUGGUGUCGAUGGAAAUCAUGUUAAAUUAGAUAAAAUGGUCAGUGAUCUCAGCAGAAGUUUAUGGGGAGUUAAAAAUGAACAAGAAUAUAUGGAGGUUCGAGACAGAAAUCACAGGGCAAUAAAUGAGAGUACAAAUUUCCGAGUUGUUGUCUGGUCAUUUUUCGAAGCGUCUGUUCUAGUUUGUAUGUCUCUAGGUCAAGUUUAUUAUUUAAAGAGGUUUUUCGAAGUUAGAAGAGUUGUAUAAUAUAAUGUUUUUUUUUUUUUUUUUUUGUUAUUUUAAGAGAAUUAAUUUAUAUAGUUUUGCGAAUGUCGCAAAGUGUUUUUCUUUUUAGUUUAAAAAAGAAUAAUAGUUGGAAAAAUCCUCAACUAUUAUUAAUUUUUCCAUUUGUAAGAGUGUGUAUUACUUUUGUCAUAGACUUUUUUUGGUGAAAAAAAAAAAACAACGCACGAUUGAUUUUCUCUGAAACAUCUUGUAUAUAUAUUUCUAAUAAUUGAAAAAUAUUCUUAUAAAACAAAACUUUUUUUUUUCAUUUAGAACGAAAGUUUAUAUUAAAAAAAAAUAAUAAGAUUGAAAUAAAACAAUUUGUAAUUAA